UACCACUUCACAUUUAUUGUGAAGUGAGAUCUUCAUUUUAAUAGAGUAUACGUUUUUUUUUAAAAAAAUGAACGUGAUCAAAAGUAUCGAGUUACUUUUCGACCGUCCUAACGAAACCCUUAUUACACCAAAGGGUGAGGACAGUGAAUUGUUUCAACUGACUGAACAAUAUUUGCCCAAAGACUAUGAGAGCAACGGCAUCGAACUUAACAACCGUUUCGGUAACGAUGCAACCAACACCAUCCUCCUCAAGGACUUGGCUCAGCUGCCGCAAUUCACCAAGGCGUCGCAAGUGCCACCUGACGCUGACUUCUCUCUCUUCCUGCCUAAGCACCAGGAGGCUGCCACUGAAGUAAUCGAUACUUUGAUGCGUGUGCCUGAGGACAACCUGCAGGACUUUCUGUCCACUUGUGUGUACGCUAGGGUCAAUCUGAACCCUCAGCUCUUCAACUAUUGCUUAUCUGUGGCUUUGAUGCACAGGAACGAUACAAAGGAAGUGAGGAUCCAAAACUUUGCGGAAACUUUCCCCUCAAAGUUCUUGAACUCCACCACAUUCGCACAGGCUAGGGAGUCCGCUGCUGUGAUCCCUAAGGGCACUCCGCGUAUACCGAUUAUAAUCCCAAGAGACUACACUGCAACCGACUUGGAUAUUGAGCAUCGCUUGGCCUAUUUCCGUGAAGAUAUUGGCGUCAAUCUACAUCAUUGGCACUGGCAUCUUGUAUACCCGUUCACAGCCAGCGACAGAAGAAUCGUUGCAAAGGAUCGUCGUGGGGAGUUAUUCUUCUACAUGCAUCAGCAAAUUAUUGCUAGAUACAAUGGAGAGCGCCUUAAUAACUCACUGCCGAGAACUAAGAAAUUCAGCAACUUUAGGGAACCGAUCCCUGAAGGGUAUUUCCCUAAACUAGACAGUCUUACGUCAUCGCGAGGAUGGCCACCACGGCAGUCGGGUAUGCGCUGGCAGGACCUGAAGCGUGACGUGGAUGGACUGGACGUUAAAAUUUCCGACAUGGAGCGUUGGAGGAGAAAUAUCGAAGAAGCCAUCGCCACCGGAAUGUGUCGCUUGUCUAACGGUUCUACUCAAGCUCUCGAUAUCGACACGUUGGGCAACAUGGUGGAGGCCAGUAUGUUGUCACCCAACUUGGACUUGUAUGGCAGUCUCCAUAACAACGGCCACAGCUUCUCGGCGUAUAUGCAUGAUCCUACCCAUCGAUACCUCGAAAAUUUCGGUGUCCUGGCUGAUGAGGCGACUACGAUGCGUGAUCCCUUCUUCUACCGCUGGCACGCCUUCAUCGACGACCUCUUCCAACGGUACAAGGAGACUACCAAUGUUCGUCGCUACACUCGAUCUGAGUUGGAUAACCCCGGCGUGCAAGUGACGUCUGCAAUGAUCACGAGCGAGGGCGCGCAGGCCAACACACUCAACACCUACUGGAUGAUGAGCGACGUGGAUCUUUCCCGCGGACUUGACUUCUCCGAUCGCGGUUCCGUCUUUGCGCGCUUCACUCAUCUCAACCAUAGACCAUUCAGUUACGUCAUCAACGUGAACAACACUGGCAACGCCCGGCGCGCUACAUGCCGCAUCUUCAUCGCGCCCAAGUACGACGAGCGCAAUCUCGCGUGGGUGCUCUCCGACCAACGCAAGAUGUUCAUAGAGAUGGACCGCUUCGUUGUACCAUUGAACGCCGGCCAGAACACGAUAGUUCGCCAAUCGACGCAGUCGUCGGUGACGAUUCCGUUCGAGCAGACGUUCCGCGACCUGCGCGCGGAGGCGGGCAACCCGCGCGCCGGACAGCUCACCUCCUUCAACUACUGCGGGUGCGGCUGGCCGCAGCACAUGCUGGUGCCGCGCGGCACGGAGGCCGGCGCCGCCUACCAACUCUUCGUUAUGCUCUCCAACUACGAGCUUGAUAAGAUCGAUCAACCGGACGGUGCCAAUACGCCGUGCGACCAAGCCUCGAGCUUCUGCGGUCUGCGGGACAAGAAGUACCCCGACAAGCGCGCCAUGGGCUUCCCCUUCGACAGGCCCUCCGCCACCGCCACCAGCAUCGAGGACUUCAUCCUGCCCAACAUGGCGCUGGUCGACUUCACCAUCCGCCUGCAGAACGUCACCGAACCUAACCCGAGGAACUCACAAAACUAAUACUCGACCCAAGGGCGUCAUUAGGAGGGACCAAAGGGGGCAAUAACUUCCUAAAGAAUCGGAAAAAUGUAAACAACGCGAGAUAUCAAGAUUCCUCCAAUGAGAUAGAUCACUUAAAAAUCACUUGUCAAAAUAUCAUUACUUAGACCACCUCUUAAGAAUUUCUUUAGCAUAAAAAAAUUACUACUUUUACCUCCCCCCUAAUCAUCGACUGGCAACGCCCUAUCCAACUAAUGACCAUGGCUAUAAAUAUGGACUUUUAUUAUUUUACAUAGAUUAAGUUAAGCAUUGAAAAAAUGAAAGGCUGAUUGUAUUAGGUCUUAUGAAUUUGUAAAUAUUGUACAAAGUAUUACAGAGCUAUGUCUAGAUAAUAUUGACCCGUUUUUAGAUUUAAAUAAAUUUAUGCAUAUCUUAA